AUGCAAACGGACGAGCAGAUCAAAAAAGCGCUCCUGAACCUCCCUAAAGACCUACCUGCAAUGUAUGCUCAGAUUCUGGAUCAAUUGCAGAAAUCAGGGGCUACCUAUCAGAAGCGGGUUCUCGAACUCGUGGUUGCAAGUAUGCGGCCACUGACGGUAGAUGAGAUGCGAGAAGCUUUGAGCGUCACCGUUGGAGAUACAGAGUGGAACCCUGCCACACUCCUAAACGACGUACAUUCAGCAUUAACCAAGAACUGCGGAUGUCUGCUAGUUGUUGAUGAGGAAGAAACAACUGUACGACUACUGCAUCCUAGUGUUGAGCAGUUUCUUUUGAAUGGCUAUCGUAACUCUGAUGGCAAUGGAAUUACAAGAGAAGGGGCACAGACAACUAUGACAGACAUCAUAGUAACCUAUGCUAGCUACGGAGUUUUUGAUACCCAGCUGUCCACGAUCCGAGUUCCGCAAAUACAUAUCGAGUCGGCCCCUUCUCAAAUCCUCGCUUCAACACUAGCCUCUGCAAAAGGCGUACAAAGUUUCGCAUUGAAACUCUUGAAGUCUAGGAAGGGGCUCAACGUAGAUAUUGGCUCAGCCGUUACAAAUGUGCUUGCACAGCCUGAUCCUGGAGCUAUGGUAUUGCACUUCCACACUUACGUCAGAUCGUAUGGACUGAAACAUACGUAUGUUAUAUCUGAGAUGACGCCGCACAUAGCCAUACUAUUUGUCGCGUUGAUGAAACCGAACACGAUUCUCACAGGCAAAGAGUCUGACCGUCAAACCGCACUUCGGAGAGCUUUUCUGGACAACAAUGAGGAUGCCCUCGACUUGCUCCUCUUCCUAAUCGACGAAGGAGACAAUCGACCCCUAUCAAUCUGUACUAAGGCCUUCAUCUCACAACCAUUCAAUACUUUCAACGAUAUGACUUGUCUACUGUUGAAAGCCUGCAGUUACGACUUUCAUACACUUUCAUCCCAGGACAUGGACUCACCAUUAUUUUUUGCAAUCUGGGCUCGUAAUGCAAAAGCUGUGGAACUUCUGUUAGCAAGAGACGAUGUAGAUAUCAACCAAAUGUCACUCGUUUAUGGUAACGCGCCACUCCGCGAGGCUAUUUGGUACAACUCAGGGGUUAUUAUAAAGUCACUUAUCAAUGAGGACAGGAUCGACAUCGUUUCCAAAGAGGAGACUCUAUUUUGGGCAGUUUCGUACGGAAAUCUGUACGUCGUGAAGCUCUUGCUUGCAUCUGGGAGGCUCGACCUAAGCGAUAACCCCGCUCAAGUGAUUUUGGAAUUGGCAAACCAACUCAAGAAUAGAAAGAUACUCAACUUGAUAAAGCAAGCAGCUGAGAAUAGAUGGCACCUUCCACACCUCACAAUCUCCGACAGCGAGGACGAAUAA